AUGCAUUCAAUGAUUAAACCAACAGAUUACUUGAAUACGAUUAUUGCUUAUGUUCAAUGGCAAAAUGAAACUGUUCGAUGUUUUGUUGAUCAAUUUAAUGAGAAACUUAGAAAUACUACAUUUGAUGAAAUUGAACAUCUAUGGAAUUGGAAUUAUCGAGCAAAUGAAGGAAUGUAUUUUGGUGGAGCUGCUCGCCCACUACAUUUAAAAAAAGUUACAGAAUUUUCAGCAUUAAUGAGUAUUUAUUAUGAUAAAUUAUGGCCUAUUUAUAAACAAAAUCGUAGUGCAUUAUUUGAUGCUCUUACAACAUUAUUACAUCAAGAAAGUAGAUCAUAUUGGCCUGAUUAUGAAAUAUUUCCAUGUACUACCUCGAAUGCCAUUCUUGAUAAAUGUUUACAAUAUUUUUUUUUCAAAGACCGUAAAAAUACAUGGUUUAUUAAUAGUAGUUUGUCCGAUUAUAUACCAUUCGUAAGUUCGGCUCGAGAAAUAUUUGCUGAGAAAUUUAUUGGAUCUAAUAUGAUUUAUCCUCAUCAACAUAAUACAGAAUGGAUUUUAGAUAAUCUUAAACAACGUUGUUCAAAUAUUUAUGAUCAACAAAAAAAUGAAAGUAAUCCCAUUAUACUUAUUCUUCUAACAUCAAAAACUCGGUUUGGUCAUCGAAUAGAUGUUGA